CCCAGCCUCAUCUCGGAAGGCUAUAAAAGAGAGCUCUAUUUAUCGGAAUCCGCAGAGGCGCCGCUCUCCAACUCUUCCAGUCCGAGGUAAGAACUGAGCCGUCUCACCGCCCUCGUCCCCUCCACCUAGUCUUAGGGCUAGGGUUCUCUUCCGCGAUCUUUCUCGUCGGACGAUUCCAAGGGAGUGCUGUUUUUGGUUGAGAAAUGGCGUAUGCUGCGAUGAAGCCCGCGAAGCCGGGACUGGAAGAGCCCCAGGAAAACCUCCACCGCAUCCGGAUCACCCUCUCCUCCAAGAACGUCAAGAACCUCGAGAAAGUUUGUGCUGAUCUGGUGAGGGGAGCGAAAGACAAGAGGUUGAAGGUCAAGGGACCGGUGAGGAUGCCCACCAAGGUUCUCCACAUCACCACCAGGAAAUCCCCCUGUGGUGAAGGGACCAAUACCUGGGAUCGAUUUGAGCUGCGAGUACACAAAAGGGUGAUUGAUCUCAUGAGCUCUCCUGAAGUUGUUAAGCAGAUAACCUCAAUCACCAUUGAACCUGGAGUAGAGGUUGAAGUGACGAUUGCAGAUGCAUGAUUUUUUAUUUAUGUAGAUUAGUUUUGAGUUCUUUUUCGACUUAUUACAAUAUGUUGAGGAAUCAUUUUACCCUUGUAGGCUUUUGUUUUUAGCAUUGUGAUUGUGAACUCACUCUUUCUUGGAGGAUUUUUGAAAUUGUCUAUAGCUAUCAUUUUGAUGAA